UGAUCUGGUAUCGAUAAAUGAUAGAUUGAUAGUGUCGCUUCUCUCAUCUCUAGCUAAGUGCCGCUCGUUUCCAUCAAAUUUUCGAACAAAUCUAUCAAAAUAUAGAAAUAAUCUUGUAAUUGUGAAAAAAUGGAUAACAUAUUGAACAAGGAAAACACAGGAGUUUAUUUACCACCAAACCCCAUUAAAAAUGGAGUCCCUUUGAGUAACACUGUUUUAAAACAAACAGUAAAAAAAAGCGUGCUUGGCAAACUAGACAAUAAUCUGCUCAAAACCCCGAGUAUCACUCCAUUUAAAGCUGAUUCUGUUAAACUCGAAGGGAGUAUUGCCAAAUUGUCGAUUCGUAAGGGACUGAAACAAAAUCUCAUCAAUAGGGAAGAGAUCAGUGUGAAUGCAAGGAACUGCUACUUGGGUGGUUACAAGUUGAAGGCUAAAACUUCCAUUACAAACUUGUUUGAUUAUACAGAUCUUCCCAAUCGACAAUGCUUGAAGAAGUGCAGCAGGCCGAUUCAAGAGAUCUGGUCUGACAAUCAAUGUGGAUAUGAUGCCCUUUUUGAAAAACUUUCAUUUGACUUUCGCAGCUUGGAAAAUGACUUUGGAGAGAAUUACGAACCUCCCAUGGAACCAGAGGUUGAUGUGUUGCCUUCUAUAACUGCCACAGAAAACGUUGGUGCCACCGAUUGCGAAUUCAAAUUAAACUUAAUGCUGCCGAUACCGAAUUUCGAGAGUGUUCAAAUUUUGUUUUAGCGUUAAUAAGUUUUAUUUGUUUUAUCCUAGCAUAUAUGUGUAUUUAAUCGGCUAGUGACUAUAGAAUUAUGUAUUGUAUUUGUUAAGAAAAUUAAAUAAAUAUUUAGCUUCAUCAUA